UGACCUCGGGUGGAGAGACCAAGCGUAAUCUUCUACCGUUAUCUCAAAAAUGGGAGGGCGCAGCUGCUUGAACCUCCUCCCUUGCUCGACCUCCACCCCCUGCAGAGCCAGCGCGGCCGCUUCGUCAUGCCGCUACUUCGUCCACCACCACCGCACCGGAGCGCGCGUGCAGACCUCCACCGGGAGGAGAGGCGCGGCCAAGGUCUCCUGCUCCGCUGCCUCCGGGCAGGCGCCGCCGUCGCAGAGCACAAUCAAGGUGGUCAUCGUCGGCGCCACAAAGGAGAUCGGAAGGGCGGCGAUCGCGGCGGUGAGCAUGGCGAGGGGGAUGGAGCUCGCGGGCGCCAUUGAUACCCAGUGCAUUGGGCAGGAUGCAGGAGAGAUAAGUGGCAUGGAAGAACCAUUGGAGAUCCCGGUGCUCAAUGAUCUCACCAUGGUUCUGGGAUCCAUAGCACAGUCAAGAGGAACUGGCGUGGUUGUCGAUUUCAGUGAACCUUCUCUUGUCUACGACAAUGUCAAGCAGGCAGCAGCAUUUGGCUUAAGCAGCAUCGUAUACGUUCCAAAAAUUGAGAUGGAUACAGUGACUGAGCUGUCAGCAUUCUGUGACAAAGCAAGCAUGGGUUGCUUGGUCGCUCCGACGCUGUCGAUAGGAUCGGUACUCCUUCAACAAGCUGCAAUCCAGGCCUCAUUCCACUACAACAAUGUCGAGAUUGUGGAAUCAAGACCUAACCCAUCGGACUUGCCAUCGCAAGAUGCAAUACAGAUUGCAAACAACAUAUCUGAUCUUGGUCAGAUAUACAACAGGGAAGAUAUGGACUCUGAUAAUCCAUCAAGAGGUCAGGUACUCGGAGAAGAUGGAGUACGUGUGCACAGCAUGGUUCUUCCAGGGCUUGCUUCAAGCACAUCCGUCAUUUUGUCAGGCCCUGGAGAGAUUUACACCUUGAAGCAUGAUGUUACAAAUGUUCGGUGUCUUAUGCCAGGACUAAUUCUGGCGAUACGGAAAGUGAUUCGGUUGAAGAACUUGAUCUAUGGUCUGGAGAAGUUCUUGUAGGAAAUGACGGACUUGCACAUCAAGAGAACUACAGUUUUAUUGACUUUCCAGCUGUUCAUGAUAAGAGAUAAAUGAGAUCAAAUAAAUUCCUUGUCCUAUAAUCAGAAGCAGUACCAGUGGCAAGGCGAGAACCAAAUAGGGUUUGGAAAGAUGAAUCUCUCUAUGCAAGGUCUAUGAUGUGGGGUGAUGGAAGUUGAAGAGGAGAAUCACAUCGAAUAUUGAAGGAUGAGUUCUUCUUCUUCGGAUCUCUUCUCUUCUGUUACACUGGUCGUUAAGACGUUCUUGACCUCCUAUGAUGGUUCUUCCAAAUAGGAAGUUGCUUGAUUUCCUCCAAA